GAUGAUAAAGGCUCUGUAGCCUUUGCUCCCACAGAGGCGCUGGAGGUGGAUGUUACUGAAGGCCGUCGUCUGAGGUUUGAGGUGAUAGACCGGACGGGUGCACCUGCCACCCGCCUGGUGCUCGACAGUCCCGUGGCUUUCGCCGAGAUUGAGGCGAAGGACCUCGCUCGAAAGAAGCGUUGGCGGCUGUUGCUCAGCGACCCAGCAACCUCAGAGGCGGUGUAUGGCUCGCCUCCCCGGAAUGCGCGUUGGACCCGAUCUGACGCAGAGGCGCCGCCUACUGUGCGAAAGCCAUCCUUCCUGCUCUUGAGAACGGAGGCAGACACCGCUCUCUCGAAAUGCCGGCUCUCCACGGCCACGACGAUGCUUUCAGCCGAGGACCGCUCCACCGCAAUGGUCUCGCUGGCAUCUUCCGUCGCCUCCAAACCCCCCCUAGAGGAGAACCUGGCGGUGCCGAUGCUCGAGCGCCCGUCACGACCGGAGCCCCCGCGGCAGGAGGAUACGAGGUCCUCCAUCGGAUCUUUGUUGACCAAUUCCGGUCGACCCAAGGUCAUGCUGAUGACGCGCGGGACACGAGGCGACGUUCAGCCGUUUGUGGCGUUGGCGCGAGGACUGAUCCUGUAUCACAACUGCGACGUGGUUCUUGUCACUGAGCUGCUGUGGAAGAACUUUGUGAAGUCUGCUGCCGAGGAGCUUCCUUUGCCCUACCAGGGCCGGCUCCGGUUCCGGCCCUGCGGCGGGGACACCUCGCGCCGAGUCUCCGGAGAUAUGGCGCGAUUUGUUCUCAGUCUUGGGCAGGAUUCUCUGGCUUUGCAGGCCCUCGUCUUUUCUCGCUCUGAGGUAGAGUUCUUCAGCUCAGAAGGAUGCUUCUUCCACUGGGCAUGGGAGGAGAGACCGACAUUCAUCGUCUUUGGCUUCCUGAUGAUCCACGUCGCCAUGAUCAUUUCAGAGGCCCUGCAGAUUCCCAUUGUGGGUUUCAUCUUGCAGCCUCUGAGAGAGAUUGAGCCGACGAUGGAGAG